AUGGGCGCUUCUAGCCACGUUCGCUUCGCCUUCGUCGCGCUGUUGGCCAGCUUGAUGACUGCAAUGGGUGCCAAGAGCACUUUUCCCACCCUUCCUGCCACUCUUGAAGUGGACUUGCUAUUCCCUCGCAAUGAGACUUACGCUCCGAGCUGGCUGAUGCCUGUGGUCUUUGCAGUUCAGAACUCAUCUCUGGCUGUCCCGCUGGGCGUUUCAAUCCAGUGGCGCAUGUGGGAGGGCAACAACACGGGGUCGCCUGGAUCUAUCGGCCUGGGUGGUUUUGAUGUGGCCGGCGAUGUGACUACGGCGAGAUCCACGCCCAAGAACCCGUAUCUGAUCAGCGAUGCUGUCAACACCAUUUCUUACCCAGACGGCGUCUGGACUCUCGCCUGGUACGUGCAGUACAACGGUUGCAACGGGCUAACGCCACAGCCAACGCAUAGCGAAAACUUCACAACCGUCUUCACCGUCAGCAAGUCUGGAAAGGCAAUCGAUCUUGAGGCGGCUACAUCGUCUGACGUUUGUGGCGCCGCACAGGCUCAAGCAUUCAACAUAACCUCUCCCGGGGAAUGUGAUGAUUUUGGUCCCAGCCCAACCACCAACCCAUGUGCGGCGACAAUCGACUCUGCAGCUGCAUCCAGUCUAUCCGCCUGGGCUAGAGACACAGGCGCUAUCUGCUCCUCUUACAGUUCUAAUCUCACCUGCCUGGAUCCGCGCCCGCCUCCCGGUCAACCUUCAGCAGCCGAUCCUCGCGUGGCAGCGGCGUCGACAUUUCUCACGCUGCUGGCUGCAUUGGGUGCCCUGAUCCAUCUUGCAUGA